CUUGAGAGAGUUCGCGUACGUAGAUUUGAAGUUUAUUUAUUGAGGGUAAUUUGGUUUCGAAGGAUAUUUUUUAAAAUGUUUCGCAUUGGGAUGAGGAAACGAAAAUUGUUCAGCGCAUGCGCAACGUUCGUCUCAGUGGUUUUAGUUUUGGUGUAUUUGAUAGUUUAUGAUAUAAAUAAUCCAGUGGUGCCGACGUGGAUUAAAACCGACGCGGAUUAUAUCCCUUUGUUUAGGGAUGUGUACACACAAGAUGGCUGGCCGGAAGUGGAGAACAACUCGUCACUUCCGGGCGAGGGUCCGUCCGUCGUCCACUACGUCUGGUGCGGCAGGAAGGUGUACAAGUUCCAGCACCAGCUGAGUUUGUUGAGCGCCGUGAGAAUUCUUCGACCUCUGAAGAUUUAUUUCUACUACCACCACCUGCCGGAAGUCGACGACUUCUGGUACCACACGUGGUUCCAGGAACUGACGCAGUCGGUGCCCAACCUGGUGCUCCGUCACGUGAACUUUGAACUACGAUGCGGGUCGCGUGAUGUUCUAGAACUUGCCGUGAACCGACUCGCUAAACACGGGGGUCUUUACAUAGGAGAAAACACACUGCUCACCAGAUACCCGGAAGAAACGAAAUCCCAGUCGUUUUUUUCAGCAUUUUAUUCUAACACAAGCAUCAAUGACGUCACACAAGGGUUUAUAUUUAGCGCUCGGGUUUUCCCGAAAAACACUAUUGACGAAAAAGUCCGUUCUUUUUUUAGAUCAAAUAUACGUUGCUGUUCAAUGAAGGAUUACGAUUCUCAAAACUCGAAACCAUGCCCUUGUCUUGGCAUCAAGGAAUCUUUGAACCCCAAAGACAUUUGGGAUGGAUCCACACGAUUUUCGGAACUGACACGCUGGAUUUAUUACGGAAAGCGAGGCGUUCAGACAGUCAAACAAACAGACAGACCUCAAGAUUACAUUCCGUUGAUUGCUCAUCUGGUGUGGAUACAAACGAAGAACAUUCUAGACCCGAGAGAGUUCCGGUUCCUGCAUUACCUCAGCGUUAUCUCAGCGCUUCACGUCGCCGGCUUCCAGCGGGUUUUUGUCCACGGGGAUGAGAUACCUCAGGGAGAGUGGUGGGACAAGUUAGGUGGGGAAAACGUCACGUUUGUGAAGAUUGAGCAACCGGAAACAGUAUUCCAGCAAGGCGUUAUCGGUCGCGCCCACCAGUCCGAUGUUUUACGUCUUUCAAUUCUGCUCAAGCAUGGCGGUGUGUACCAGGACAGAGACGUUAUAUGGGUCAGCAAAGUUCCAGACGAUCUCAGGCGCUAUCCUGCCGUGGCGUGCCCUGAUUGGCCGGCAAACGGGGCGUGGCCGGAGGUUUUCAACAUGGGCGUGGUCAUGGCGAAACCAGGGGCGGAGUUUUUGAAACAUUUUCUAAGAACUUUCAGUUACUAUAGAGACGAUAAGUGGGCGUUCAACGCUGUUUUCAUGCCAUACAAGACAUACGAGCAGCAUCCUGACACCUUGUAUGUUGACAGGCACCUGCAGGUAAUUUGCUUCGAGGGCGUGUGCCACCCCACCUGGCACCCCAACUACAUCCGGGGUAUUUACGACCAGAGACCGGUGGAGCCGUUUGACUGGAGGGACGCCCGGGCUUUCCACUUCACUGUCCCCAAACCCCCGGAGUCGCUGUCGUCGCCGGAGAAAAUCAAAAACGGGAAAGAUGUUUUUGCCGAGAUGGGACUGAUGAUAUUGGAGAAGGGUGGCAGGCUGGAUUUGUUGUCAUGACGUCAAAGCGCGCGAGGAUGACGUGUUGUGGCGACGUCAGAGCACCGUAAGACAUGCUGUGAUGGCGUCAGAGAACGGGAGUUGCAUGUGUUGUGAUGACGUCAGAGCACAAGUGUUGGACGUGGUGUGAUGACGUCACAGAACGGGAGUUGGACGUGUUGUGAUGACGUCAGAGCACAAGUGUUGGACGUGUUGUGAUGACGUCAGAGCACAAGUGUUGGACGUGUUGUGAUGAUCUCUGAGUACGGAAGCAGGCAGGCAGACUGAUGACGUCAGAGAAAAAAGGAGUUUGUUGUGAUGACGUCAGAGAAAAAAGGAGUUUGUUGUGAUGA